AUGGUUGCGAUUGUGCAGGGGUUAGAAAUGGGUUCUUCAGACGAUGGUUACGACGACCCAUUUGCUGGAAUUUACGAGCCAUUUUCUGGGUUAAAUGAGAUGGAUUUUGAGCUGCAUGGGAUUUACAUGGAUCAUGAACCACGACAGGAGUUUGUAUCAAGGCUUGAUAAAUGUAAGGAUCAUUUUCUUAACAUUCUACUUUGUGAUGCGAACAUUAGAAAUGCAAGUAUGACUGAUGAGGUGAAAGAUCAAGUGGACCAUGAUAAUGAUUUGCAAAAUGAUGAGGCAGAGGAAGAAGUGACUAACAAAUACAGAAUACAUGAUCCAAAUUUUAGGUGGGAUAAGAUGGAACCUAAGUUAGGGGACGUGUUCGAAUCACCUGUACAACUGAAAUUUUGUGAGACAAACUAUGCAGUAAAUGGAGGGUACCAAAGAUACUUUCAAAAGAGUGACAAUAGAAGAAUUGUUGCAAGAUCUGGUAAGAGACAUGAAGAUAAUAAAUUCACUUUUAGACUUUAUGCAGCAUGGAUGUACAAUGACAGAACCUUUCAGGUUAAAGCAAUGAAUUAUGAGCAUCUUUGUUCUGGAGUGUUUAAAUUUGGGUCUAUUGUUACCCCGGAAAGGAUUGGAAGACACUAUGUUACUGAGAUAGCAAAUGAGCCCAAAAUUAAACUUAGGGAGAUGAUCAGUAACAUCAAACAAAGAUAUAGAUGUGUGGUAUCUAUAGGACAGGUUAGAAGGGCAAAACAGUGGGCAAAAGAACUGAUUGAGGGUAAAUAA